UUCAAAAUGGCGGCAGCAAAGGUGCAAAUUUCGCUGAAAUACACUGUAUUUCGUGGUCUAAAAUUCAUUCCUCGUGCGAGAUACAGCUUUAAUUUAGUUUCACCUAGAAUUAAUCCCAGUCAAUCGUUUAAAAACAGUCGUUUCAUAUCAGCCAGCUCUUAUUUAGCCAAAGAUCGGGUCGACUCGGACUAUCGAAGUGGAAGCAGAGAUGCCGAGAAUGAGAAACAAAAUAAGAAUGAAGAAAGAAGUGACCUAAAAAGACUAAAGGAACUUCUGUUUCAAGGAAAUUCCAAGGCUAAGGAGAGUGAUGAGACUAUCCACAAUGUAGUCCAAUUGGUCAAACCACAAUCAAAACAGACGAAACUAAAGGCAAAAGCUGGGGCUACAGUAAAUGUAACCCAAAUAACAGAUAUGCUUUCUAUCCUGAACCCAUCGAAAGAUCAAUCUCCAGACGGCCAGAGUAAAUCCCCAACUCGCAUUGAGGAAAGAGACACUCAAAUUGAUCGCUCAGUAGAAGCCGACAAACUUAGAGAUGCAUUGUCAACCCUCGAACAAGAUAGCUCUACUGCAGAUGAAGUAAUCAUGGCAGGCCGGCAAAUUACAUCAGAUAGUUGGUCUGCCAUUGAAGGUGCUUACAACAUAAAACAGCAACAGUUCCGAGACAAGGAUAAGCGCAAGAAGAUGCCUCUGAGUUCACUUAAAACUGGUCCUCGAUUUCACAUGUUUGACAAAGUACAAGAGAAGUGGUCACAUGAACAUGGUGACAUAGGCAAAACUAUUUUCCAAGAAAUGGCUGAACAAGAAGUCAAAGACCUGGGGAUGUUAGCAUCAGUUCAAAGUGGUUUCCAUGACUUGAUGGAUAAUGUCCAUCGGCAAUGGUCAUUUCCAGUUGACAAUGAAGUCAGCAAAGCAGAGGAAGGUGUUGGUUUUGAUGAACAUGUAUUUUUGGAGCAUCUCUUGAAUGACUUUCCAAAUACUGGAAAUAUUCGGCAGUUUAUGGAACUUGUUGUGACAGGACUCCAGCAAAAUCCAUAUUUGAAUGUUCAAGAUAAGAAAGAGCAUAUUGAAUGGUUCAGAGAGUAUUUUCAAAAUAUACCUGAUGAACAGGUCCAACUAUAGCUGUUAAAACUAUAGAUUUAUUGUCAUAUUAUAUGGACCUGGUUUCCAGAGACUGGACAUAUUUGGCAGUUUUACAGAAAAAAACACAUACAAAACAUGCCCUUUAUAAAGGCAUCAGAGAUUCUCAAUAUUAAAAUAGGGGCCAUUCACAAAAUAUGUGACGCUGUUUUUGCCAAUUUUUUACCCCUCUAUGACACUAUGUGACUCCUGAUCAAACAUCCUAGGCCCCCAUAAGUGUAGCAGGCGUUUAGUGCGGGAGAAGAGAGGGCGUCGUUAAAUAAACGCCUGCCCAAAUGGCUAUGACUAGUGAGUUUUUGACCGAAAAAACUUCGGCUUUAAUUAUCAUUAAUUACGUAAUUACGUAACUCAAAUGUGAACAAUAAUUUUGACUGCGUAUAUAUUCCCAUAAAAAUAUGGCUGUUAAUGCUUUGAUAUUUCAAGCUAGUUUUUUAGGUUUUGAAAUGCAGUUGAAACCAUAACAGAGAAAGUUUAUGAGUAAUUUGCUACGACCUACGUGGUGAAGACGUUGUCGCGAUUCUUCCUACGCUACAGGAUACGGAAAAAGUUUGAUCUUUCAAUUAUACAUAGUAUCGCCAAAUCAAAGCUUGCUACAUGUCAGCACGAGCAGGGAUCGAAUAUUUCUUAUAGUUGUAUUGUUAUUUGUCCUCUAGUUGAAAGUAUAAUUCAAGACCAGAUAGCCGAGGUUACAUCAAUUGGCAUUGCAGCUAUAAAGUUGGACGAUGAUUUUAAGAAUAACAACAAAACAUGCUCAACUGUUAUUUGCUACGCCAGAAUACGUUAAACAACCGUGGUUCAGGAGCCUUUUAAAGGAUAAAACAUAUGUAUAAAAUAGCAUAAAAUCUCCCUAGUUGCCGAGCAAAAAAACAUGCAUGAUGCUAAAUAUAAAUCUCGACUGUGAUUGGAUAAUGGGUGAACCGGUGACCCUUAAUCAGUUAAUGAGCGAAAACACAUUAGUCAUAGCCAUUUGGGCAGGCGUUUCCUCGACGACGCUCUCCACUCUCCCGCCCGCACUAAACGCAGGCUACCACAAGCGUCACGUAUUUUGUGAAAGUAUCGUUUUCAACUUUUCAUGUUCUGUAUUAGUCUCAUUUUCAAUAAUGUGUCCUGUUCAUUUUCAUCCCUUAUUUUUCUUCUAAUUUCUUCCAGUUCCAACUCAGCUAUGUAGAAAAUACCUUGUUAGGAAAAUCAACACUUGUAUCAGGUCCUCAUAUUAUAUAUUCUGUAAACGUAACAAUGAAUGGGAUAACCCACAACCUGACAAUAUUUCUCCAAUCUUAUUUAUCAUUAGCUUGAAGGAGAGAUGUUUGAGUAGAAUGGUUCUUUCUGAAACCGGCUUGCUCACAUGCGUAUAUGUCGUUG